CCACAUAGGAGCGCCCCUGGGCUCGCGAGCGGCGGGAUCAAGGGGCGGGGUUUGCCGAGGAAGAUGGCGAUUCUACUUGACUUUGGACGUUUGGCCUGAGUUCUGAUAGAGCUGGAUUUUUCUUGUUUUUUUUAAUGGGAAGUGUUUGAAUAUUCAUGCUGUGAAAGAAGAAAACAUCCAAUGGCUUCAGAAUCUAUGACCCCAGAGUCAGCAAAACACUAUCAGAUAAAAGGGAAAAGGCGGCAGCAGCAGCAAGAUAGAUCUCUGAACAGUGAUGGUGAAGAAGUCUUCGUAUUUGAAGCAAAUGAAGCUUGGAAGGAUUUUCAUAGCUCUCUUCUUCAUUUCUAUGAAGCUGGGGAACUCUGUGAUGUUACAUUGAAGGUUGGUUCAAAGCUAAUCUCUUGCCACAAGUUGGUUCUGGCUUGUGUUAUCCCUUACUUCAGAGCUAUGUUUCUCUCUGAAAUGGCUGAGGCAAAACAGACAUUGAUUGAGAUCAGGGACUUUGAUGGAGAUGCAAUAGAAGAUUUGGUGAAGUUCGUCUAUUCCUCCCGGCUUACAUUGACUGUCGAUAAUGUCCAGCCUCUCUUAUAUGCAGCCUGCAUUCUUCAGGUGGAGCUAGUAGCAAAAGCUUGCUGUGAAUAUAUGAAACUACACUUUCAUCCCUCAAACUGCCUGGCAGUGAGGGCCUUUGCAGAAAGUCACAACCGUAUUGACUUGAUGGACAUGGCUGACCGAUAUGCUUGUGAACAUUUUACUGAAGUGGUGGAAUGUGAGGACUUUGUGAGUAUGUCACCUCAGCACCUCCAUAAACUCUUAUCUUCCAGUGAUCUGAACAUAGAGAAUGAGAAGCAGGUUUAUAGUGCUGCUAUCAAGUGGCUUCUUGCUAAUCCACAGCAUCAUACUUCAUGGUUGGAUGAAAUACUUGCUCAGGUACGUCUGCCUUUGUUGCCCAUUUGUUUCCUUAUGGGCGUUGUGGCAAAAGAAGAGAUCAUCAAGCAGAAUCUAAAAUGUAGAGAUUUACUGGAUGAAGCAAGAAACUACCACCUUCACCUGAGCAGCAGGGCAGUGCCAGACUUCGAGUAUUCCAUCCGCACAACACCAAGGAAUGAGACGGCUGGUGUGCUAUUUUGUGUUGGUGGUCGAGGUGGAUCAGGUGACCCAUUUCGCAGCAUUGAAUGCUACUCUAUAAACAAAAACAACUGGUUCUUUGGUCCUGAAAUGAACAGCAGGAGAAGACACGUGGGUGUAAUCUCUGUGGGAGGUAAAGUCUAUGCAGUAGGUGGGCAUGAUGGAAAUGAACAUUUAGGCAGCAUGGAAAUGUUUGAUCCUGUCACUAAUAAGUGGAUGAUGAAAGCAUCAAUGAACACCAAGAGGCGAGGAAUUGCUCUAGCCUCCGUUGGUGGACCCAUUUAUGCCAUAGGAGGGUUAGAUGACAACACUUGCUUCAGUGAUGUGGAGAGAUAUGACAUUGAAUCUGAUCGAUGGAGUGGAGUAGCGUCAAUGAAUACUCCCAGAGGAGGAGUUGGCUCAGUGGCCCUUGUGAACUAUGUGUAUGCUGUUGGUGGCAAUGAUGGUGUAGCCUCUCUCUCCAGCGUAGAGAGAUAUGACCCCCAUCUGGAUAAGUGGAUAGAAGUGAAAGAGAUGGGUCAACGAAGAGCAGGCAAUGGGGUUAGUGAACUCCAUGGUUGCUUAUACGUUGUAGGUGGCUUUGAUGACAACUCUCCAUUGAGCUCUGUUGAAAGGUUUGAUCCUCGCAAUAACAAGUGGGAGUAUGUAGCAGAACUUACAACCCCCAGGGGUGGAGUUGGCAUAGCAACGCUAAUGGGUAAAAUUUUUGCAGUUGGUGGUCAUAAUGGCAAUGCAUACCUGAACACAGUGGAAGCCUUUGAUCCAGUGAUGAACAGGUGGGAGCUUGUUGGAUCGGUUUCUCACUGCAGAGCUGGAGCGGGAGUAGCUGUGUGCUCUUGUCUUAGUAGUGAGAUCCGGGAUGUUGGUCAGGGAUCCAACAAUGUGGCUGAUUGUAUGUGA